AUGGGGAAGCUCGUGGACCUGGGGUCAAAUUUCCGUGAUCAUGAGGUCUGUGAUUUGAAUGACUUUGAUCAUGAGGACUUGGAGUCGAAUGACUGUGAUGAUGAGGAGUUGAAUGACUGUGAUGAUGAGGAGGAGGAGUUGAAUGAUCGUGAUGAUGAGGAGUUGAGUGAAUGUGAAUACUAG